ACCUCCACCACACUGCGGCCAUAUUGGAAAUAUCUUUUUUAGACACUUUUUCUUUUUAAAUCCGUGUAAAAGAACAAGAAGAAAAUAAAAUCGCGUCGGCCAUUAAAAUCUAAGCAGGGAGAACCGACACUCCUUUCAAAUAAAAUCUAAACUCCUAUGAGCGACGACGGCCGUGAGUGUCGAGGGAAUUUGUGUGUAAACGGAAUUGAGUUGGGAUUCCUUGUAAUUUUCGUUUAAUUCUCGUAAAUUCGUAAAUUGAAUUUGUUUUGAUUUUUGUCCUAAAGUCUAAAUCAACAAAAAGCAGAUAAAAACUUAUUUCUCUAAAAAAUAAUAAAAGUUCAAUAAAAAUACCUAGACAAACUUUAUUUGGAAAUUGAAGCUGAAGGAACACACUGAAGCGGCCACAAAAUUGAUUCCUCCUCAAAUUCAAGCUUUCACAUAAUGGAAGAUCCCAAUCGUAUGAUGGCCCAUAGUGGAGGUAUGAUGGCACCUCAAGGCUAUGGAAUGCCCGGACAAGAUGAUGGCACAAAUGCUGGUGGCAAUGAAAAUGAAGUUCGUAAACAAAAAGAUAUUGGCGAGAUUUUACAGCAAAUUAUGAGCAUUUCGGAACAAUCGCUGGACGAAGCACAAGCGAGAAAACAUACAUUGAAUUGCCACCGAAUGAAACCGGCAUUGUUUUCUGUGUUAUGUGAGAUUAAAGAAAAGACUGUUCUUUCUAUUCGUAAUACCCAAGAGGAGGAACCACCAGAUCCACAAUUGAUGCGUUUGGAUAACAUGUUGAUUGCCGAAGGUGUUGCCGGUCCCGAAAAGGGUGGUGGUGGAGCUGCGGCUGCGUCUGCAGCAGCAGCAAGUCAAGUAGGUUCUUCACUUUCGAUUGAUGGAGCAGAUAAUGCAAUCGAACAUUCAGACUAUCGUGCCAAACUUGCACAAAUUCGACAGAUCUAUCAUCAAGAGUUGGAGAAAUAUGAACAAGCGUGCAAUGAAUUCACAACUCACGUGAUGAAUCUAUUAAGAGAACAGAGUCGCACAAGACCAAUCACUCCAAAAGAAAUUGAACGCAUGGUCCAGAUCAUACACAAAAAAUUCAGUUCCAUUCAAAUGCAACUUAAGCAGUCCACUUGCGAGGCUGUUAUGAUUCUACGCUCACGGUUCCUCGAUGCCAGACGCAAACGUCGCAAUUUUAGCAAACAGGCAUCUGAAAUCUUAAAUGAGUACUUCUACAGUCACCUAAGUAAUCCGUAUCCGUCUGAAGAAGCAAAAGAAGAAUUGGCACGAAAAUGUGGCAUAACGGUGUCACAAGUAUCUAAUUGGUUUGGCAACAAACGCAUUCGUUACAAGAAAAAUAUCGGCAAAGCCCAAGAGGAGGCAAAUCUAUAUGCGGCUAAGAAAGCAGCCGGUGCAUCGCCCUACUCCAUGGCCGGUCCACCCAGUGGAACUACGACGCCAAUGAUGUCGCCUGCCCCACCCCAGGAUUCCAUGGGCUAUUCCCUUGGGUCUGGUGGCUACGACCAACAGCAGCCCUACGAUGGCAGCAUGGGGUACGACCCAACUAUGCAUCAGGAUUUAAGCCCUUGAGGACGAUACUUCGAUGGGAAAUACUAAAGAAAGCCUUUGUGCUUUUCAAACUUCUUUAUUUUGAUUAUUUUACUAUAGUUUAUACAUACGUCAAAGUUGGUGUAGUUUCGCAAUUUUAAUUAUAAUUUUUCGUUUCGUUUCGUUUUACUUUUUUGUCUCCGUUUUUGUUCAGAUUUUUACUUUUGUGAAAUUUUAUUUCUUAUCAUCUUAUUUCUUAUUUUAAACAAAAACCUAGGCUAAGCGAAAAAUGCAGCAGAAAUACGUAAUUACAAUUUAAGGCAAUUUUGAAAGUAUACUGAAAAAGAACAAAUAAAAUUUAAUCCUAAGCAGUUAUUUACUCCAUAUACGUAUUUUAUAUAAUAUUAUAAAUUAAAAAUUAGUAUACUAAAUCAAGUAUGAAAAACAGUAUAACGAUUUGGAAAAUGUAUGUAUACAAACAAAAAUACAAACACAAGCAACAAACUGCUAAACAAUUAUUAUUUAUUAUUUUUUCUUUGAAAAGUAAAAACAAAUCUAUAAUUUAAACAAUCUUUUAAAAAUUGAAAUACUAAAACAAUGUAUACGAAAACAAGUUCUGAAAUAACUUAUAAAAUGUUUUAUUUUUAAUCGUUUUUGUUAACAAAUUUAUAGUUUAAAAAUUACUAAAAUUCUUGCCAGUAUUUGAAAAAAAAAAAUAUUUAAAUAGAAAAGAAAAUAAUCAAAAAAAAAGUUUAGAAAAUAGAAAAAACAAAUGUAUCUUAAUAUUUACGAAAAAAAAAAUUAACUAAAAUAAUGCUUUUGAAACACAAAAACAAAAAACAAAACAAAAAAUGCAAAACAUUUUGAUUGAUAAAUUUUGUUUUGAAAUCUCACACCUCAUCUCGAAAUUCUUUACCAUUACUCGUAAUUCCAAAAGCAAACAAAAAUCUGAACAAAAACAGAUUAAGUAUAUCGAUAAAAUAAUUUCAACAAUGUAUACCUAAACAAAAUGUAUACCUACCUAUUUAAACAAAAUAUAUACGAACAUUUUACAAUUUGAUGCAAUACGCUUUAACAAAUGAUACAAAACAAAAACAAAAAUUUAUUACAUCUAAAAUAUAGAUUAAAUUUUAAGUUAAAACAGUUUUUAUCAUUUGAAAAAAGAAGCAAAAUCUUUAAAUAUUAUAUAGACAAACAAAAAACUUGUAUACGAUGCUAAAAGAGGAAAAAAUCAAUUAAAACUAUUAUACACACUUCAAGUUCACAAACGCAUCUAGAGAAAGUUAAGAAAGUUAUUAUUUUUCUUAAAACCUAGAACAAAAUUCCUAAGUGUAGAAUAUAUUUAUAUAUUUACAGAAACUAACACAAUAGCUAUAAAUACAGUCAAUAAAUCAAUAGUGGUGGAAGUAAGCAAAUAUGUCGUGAGAUGUGUUUGUCAUUUUAAAAUUUAUUUAAUGCAGCUUAAACAAAACAAAAUAAAACAAAUGGUUAUAUUAAAAGAUAAGCUAAAAAAUGAUAAAAUAAUUGAAUGUGUACUUAAAACAAAAUACGAUUUAAAAUAAAAUUAACUACAUAAAAACAUAAA